UCAGAUCCAUCACUCAUCAGCAUGGAAGACUUGCCUGACGUAGCAUUUCGAAUUUUUCUUGUGUAGCUUGGUUGCUUUUCUGCUCUGCGUCUGAGUUGUACGACUGAUGUGGCGUCCUUGAAACCUACGAAUAUUGCUUUGAGAAGUGCGAAAGCCAUGGAUGUUGGCAAUCGAUGAGAAUACGGUCUAAUAAAAUUGUGGCUGUCUGAGAUAAUUCUCUCUACCUACUCGAGUCGAGUGUGCUCUAUUUCUUGGAGUAAAGUGACUGACAGGUCGUUGUCGUGAUCAGCUGUUUGUUGUCUGACCCUGAGUACUUUUGUGCGUGAACUCACGGUGAAGUGAAUACUCACUCCAGCCAUGCAGUACGGCCAAGUGGCCUCCACUGCAGUUGCUGGGGCAAGGGAGCAGCCAGUUGCCGUGUCAUCCCGAGUUUCGCCUGCAAAGAAGGAGACUGUAAAGAAUUUGUGGCUUCCUGUGCCUGGAAAGACUUUGAACGAUUUACCCGAUCUCGCCUUGCUCGUCCGCGAGCACGGAAAUAACGCGUGCAGACCCGAGGGCGAAGACGCGACGACUGGCGUGCGUGUGCAAGUGAAUGACACAGAGGUCGCGCUGUUUAGAUUCGGAGGCAGGGUUUUCGGAACCGACGCUGUUUGUCCUCAUGCAGGAGGACCACUGGUAGUGGGCGACAUUGAGGAUUUGGCUGUCGGUGAUCCGUGUAUUGUUUGUCCGUUUCAUAAAUACCGCUUCCGAAUUCGAACCGGAAAGAACUCUUUCCCGGGUCAGCCGGAAUUUGACAUGGAGACUUACCCUGUGCGUGUAAAAGGUGGAGGCCGACUUUUUAUUGGCUUUGCACAGCUAUCCCAAAAAUGCUUUGAGGAACAGGACUUUUAAUCUCGUCUUUGUGUUCGUGUUGUUUGGUUUAGAUCGGUGAUGGUAUUUUCUUAGGUGAACAUCACUUUUUAUUUUAUUUUUAAUUUCACUUAUUUUUAAAUUAUCCCUACGCUAGCGCUGACUCCAGGUGUUUUUUUCCUUGGCUUGACUGUUCACAGUCAGUGUGUUUUUGCUCCUUAUUUUAAGCUAUCACUCUUGACUUGUUUGACCAGAACGUGCAAGCAACACAUACUACCGGGAACAGUGAAUACUAAACAAGUACGGCGUGUUCCUUUUGUCUCGCUCUUGCUUGUCUGCCCUUCGUCUGUCACAGUCAUUGCGUGUUUUUAUUGGAUUUUUACGUUAGCCGUGUGGACCACAUCGUUCGCUGGCCUGCCCAAGCGGUUUUAGUUUUGCUGGUGUGCUGUACGUUUUUGGUACUGCCAUUCCUUGAUAUGCUACUCUAGAUGCUGGCACCGUGCUGCUGCGCUGCUAUUCGUUUUUAUUCUAUUUUUUUACCCCGUCCUGUACUUUUAAACGUGAUUCUUUAAAAAUCGA